AUGAAAGGUGAAAUGUUGGGGUCUGUGUAUGACUUGAACAUACUCUUGAGCUUUGAAAUAUCUGGGGUUAAAACUAAAACUGCAAGAGUGAAGCAGUGCUUCUUCAGAUUACCAACUCUGAACCAAGUACUAAUUUGCUGUGAUGGAGCUUGUAAAGGAAACCCAGGAGUUGCUGGUUUGGGUUUUGUUGCAAGGGUAAGUUCAGGUGAAUGCAUUGGUGCUGCUUCAGGUGGUUUAGGUUUGGCAACCAAUUAUUUGGCUGAAGUAAUGGCUUUAAUUGUGGCUGGAGAGUGGGCAGUGAGCAAGCAGUUCAGGGAGGUUUGUUUCCAGCUUGACUCAAAUGUUGUUUUGUUAGCUUUUACAAAUAACAAGGUGUCAUGGAUUUUUAAAAGCAUAUGGGAAAGAAUAAGGCAACACAUACUUGCAAUAAGCUUGAGACAUUCCUAUAGAGAAGUAAACUUCUCUGUUGAUGAAAUGGCAAAGAAAGGAGUUAGUUUAAGUAUGGGGCAUUACUAUACUAUGAUCCUAAACCUCAAUUUCUUAGGAGAUUGGAGGAGGAAGAUGUUUUCAAUGAGCCUUAUAUAA